AUGAAGUUCCUUGGCGCUGCUGUCGCUGGCUUUGCCAGCCUCCUGUCUCUCCAGGCCACCGCAAGCCCCGUGCCCACCCCGGUCGAGGCCCGCCAGGCCACCGGCACUAUUUCGAACAACGUCAUCUUCUCGCCGCCUUCCAACGCCGGCUGGGUUGACCCUCGUGUUCUGUACGCCCGCACAAUCCAGCUGGAGUCUGGCGACCUGAUCGCGACCUGGGAGAACUACUCCCCUGAGCCUCCCAUCGUCUACUUCCCCAUCUGGCGCUCUCAGGAUGGCGGGGCCACCUGGUCUGAGAUUGGCCGCGUCCAGGAUACCGUCAAUGGCUGGGGCCUCCGCUACCAGCCCAUUCUCUACGAACUUCCCGAGGCUUUUGCCGGAUACCCUGCCGGCACCAUCCUGCUUGCUGGCAACAGCAUUCCGACCGACUUGAGCUUGACCAAGAUUGAUGUUUACGCCAGCACCGAUGGUGGCGUCAAUUGGAACUUCCUUAGCAGCGUCGCCAGUGGAGGCGAGGCCCGUCCGAACAACGGCUUGACCCCCGUUUGGGAACCUCAUUUCUUGCUCCACAACGAGAAGCUCAUCAUUUACUACGCCGACCAGCGCGAUCCCAAGUACGGCCAGAAGCUCUCCCACGAGACCACCACCGACCUCAAGACCUGGAGCGGCGUCGUCAACGACGUCGCUGACGACAGCAGCUACGAGGCCCGCCCCGGCAUGCCCGGCAUCACCAAGCUUCCCAACAACGAUUUUCUUUACGCCUACGAGGUCUGCGGCACUGAUGGCUGCCGCGUGCACUACCGCCUCUCGGCUGACCCUGAGAACCUCAUUGCCGCUACCGGCAUCAGCCUGAUCUCCGAUAGGGGUACUCGCCCCGUCAGCUCUCCCUUUGUCGUCUGGUCCCCCAUUGGCGGUGUCAACGGCACCAUCGUCCUUAGUGGCGGCAGCCAGUCCAACAUCUUCGUCAACAGGGCCCUUGGCGCCUCCAGUGCGUGGGUUGAGUACGCUGUUCCGCAGCCCAACGCCUACUCUCGCUCCCUUGCGGUGCUUGGUGAUGGCAGCAAGUUGGCCAUCAUUGGCGGUGGCAGACUGCCGCCUAGCAGCACCAACCAAGUCAGCAUUAGUGUUGUUGACCUGAAUGCUCUGCUUGGGUUGUAA